AUGCCCCCUGACGUGCUUUACCGAUUUAAAAUCUUUUCCCGCCUAUCUAUCGCAAUCUGUCCCAUCUCUCUCUCUCUCUCUCCCCUCUCUCUCUCUCUUUCUAUCUAUCUAUGUAUCUAUCUAUCUAUCUAUCUAUCUACGUUAGCCGCUUUAUUUCUAUCUAGCAAUAUAUCUAUCUAUUUAUCUAUAACCAAAAGCAAUGUUUGUCCCUCCUCAGGGAAGUGGCAUAUCAGAUUUCGCCACGUGCCAACAACUUAUCCUUCCCGUCGCUCACCCGCCCCCAACCUAUGCUCGCUUUCCAUCCAAUCGACACAAAAACCCGCUCCGUUUCACCUUCUCUACCGCAACUCGUUUGUUCCUCCCUCUCAAAAUCUGCCUCACCUUCCAAUCCCUGUUCUCAUAUCCUUUCUCUAUAUUAAGCACCCAACAUUUAUAAUUCAUUUCUUUCUUUUUUCUUUCUUUCUUCCUUUCUUUCUUCCUUUCUUUCUUUCUUUCUUUCUUUUUUUCUUUUCCCGAUCUCUCUCUCUCUCUCUCUCUCUCUCUCUCUCUCUCUCUCAUCUCCAUUCCUUCUCUUUCCUUUUCUCUCUUUUACCAUUUCCAGCCUUCUCUCGCUUCCAUAUAUUGUCUUCCUUUCCUUCUAUUUAG